CUAAUGCCAUAAAACCACAGGCAUAACACUCAGAAGUCAGGCAAGCUAAGAUACCAUCACUGAGAGUAAAAGAGGAUACAUGACCUUCUACGGACACAUGGCUGGUAGGUGACAAAGUCAAGGCUUAAGACUAAGUCUUCCAGUCUCAAAACAGAUGUUCUUUUCACUACUACAUUAACUCCAGAAUGACAGGCAAUGUACUAAGUAACAUAAGAGAACUGGAUUAAAAACUGGGGAAGCCAGCUUCUAGAAUUGUUACUAACUCACUGUGUGGUCUUCAGCAAGUUGCUUCACCUUCCCCUCUCCAACUGUGUCCAUAUCUACAAGAUGAGCUUCAAGCUCUCAUUAUAUACAUUUUAGAGAAACCAUUAUUUCAAAAGCAGAAUAGUUUAAAACAAACAAACAAACAAAAAACCUUAAAAUGUCAGAACUAGAAGAGAUUUAAAAAAUCAUCUAGUUCUCAACCGGAAGUAGCUGUUAAACUGUAGAGGAAAUGAAUAGCUAUGUGUGAAAAUAUGCAGCUGUCUAGGCCUUGCUUCCAGAGAAUCUCACUCAGGUCCAGAAAUCUGUAUUUUUAACUAGAAUCCGAAUGGAGUCUGAUGUAAACAGUCUCCAUACUAUGUUAUGAAACAUAUUUAUCUAAGGAAGCUGAAGCCCAGAAUAACCAGCUAGUUAGCUGUAGCUAUAUGAAUUUUGUUGAGUACUUACUAUGUGCCACACACCGCUUAAUAGGAUAAAGACUAUUAUUAUCCCCACUUUACAGAUGAGGAAACUGAGAUACAAAGAGAUUUAUUAACUUGCCCAAGAACAUACACCUGGUAAGUGGCAGAGACAGGAUUCAAAGCAGGACAAAGCCUAUGUUCUUAACUACUAAGUUAUAAAAGCUGACAGUCCGGCCAGGAGACAGGAAUCCAGUUAUGCGGUUAAAAGGGUCUGACUAUAGCUUCUAGAAAACAUGGUUUAAUACCACAUUUUAAUAGCCCAAACAAUUUGAACCGCCAACAAAUUCAAUCAGGAGACAGAGAUCCAGGUACAAGGUUAAAAGAAUUUGGGUAUAGCAUGGUUUAAUACCACAUACAAAUUUUAAAAGCCAAAACAAAUUAAGAAAGUAAUUUUUCUUUAUAGCCUGCUAUGUAGAGCAAAAUGCUUUGAGCAAAAUAACUUACUGCAAUGAUCUAAGUUAUUCUGUGAUGAAGGCUGGAAGAUUAUAUUUACAUACCCAUUUUUAAGAUCAGGAAACUAGAAUUGCUUUGUUCUUAAAGUCAGUUUCAUAGAAGCAAAAAUUCACAUCUGCUUAGGGAAAGCCAUAAGCAUAUUUGCAUCUCUAUUCAUUUCUUUAUGGCAAGUGAAACUACAGCUGUAGGAAAUAAAAUUAAAAACCCUCUACAAAAUCAAGGCAAAUCAAGUUAAAGAGAUUGUACGGUAACAGCCUCUUCCCACAGAGCAAUAGCUCUAUUCAUUCCAAUUCUGCUCCACUGAAAAUAACGGUUCCCCCCCAUAUUCUCUUCCACAGUACUGUUUCCAGACAAAUAAAGGCACUACCCUCUAAGGCUGUUUCUGAAGAUGGAGGUGGCAGACCUGAAGUUUUUUCUCUGCUAAAUUCAAUACUGCAAAUACUUAUUCUGUUAAUUACUAUAGAGAACUAUAAGAAUCUCUCAUGGGAAACUGGACAAAUACAAAUUGGUAUAACAAUACAAGACAGUAUGUCACAUUAAGUGACAGCUUAAUUUCAUGUGCCAUAAGAGCUAGAGAAUUCAGAAGGGGAACAAUUCAAUGUAAGGCAGAAAUGAAGUUUUUGAGGAAAAAGUACCUAACAGCUCUUGACUUAUUUUCGACUUUACUUUUUGGUUAAUUCUGCCAAGUGCUCCUUUGUGAGGCCUUUUUAUCUAUUUCUGCUAUUCCAGUUGGGAGUUCUCAUCACCUUGUCAUUUCAUUUUUAUAGCCCUUCAGAAAGAACAUUUACCAAUAUUAUACAAUUUAAUAUUUACAAGUCUGUAAUACAUAUAUAUGGGCUUCCAUAUUGUUUACAUAAGAAAUUUAAGUUCACUAAUAUCCAGUAACUUAUCCAAGGCCAUGUAGCUUUUAACAUCCUGCAACAGAACUCAAACUUGUCUUUAUAUUAAAACCCACACAUUCGUAUGGUAUAAGGACUUAUUAGAAGGCUUUUAAUGUCCACCUCUCCAAACUAUCUGAAUACUUUUCUUAAGGCAUUUAAGUUUCAAAAACUUUCAAGAGCUUCCUAAUACUACUUCAAGAAAUUCAUGCCCUCCUCAAUUUUGUCAUUACACAUCUCUUAGAGAACCAGCCAGUCAACUUACAUGAGAAACAUCAGGCACCUUCUGUGUACCUUAGCUCAAGGACAUUCUUAACUGGUGUAUACCUUCUCUCUCUCCCCUAAAAGGUCCCAGCUCCACUCUCAGACAUAAGGUCAUCCCCUCGGGCCCCCAACCCCUUAUCAAGUAGAUCUCAGGGAUCAUUUUCUCUCUAAUUUACACUUCUGUAAAAAGUACACAUACACACCAAAUACUUGUAUGUUUAAUAUUUUGGGUACCCCAUGCCCUAUACUCUGCAAUACUGAGUACUUUCUGACAGCAGGAUUCUUGAUUUCUCUGUCACCACACACACAUUCGUAUUUGACACUGUAUGUUACAGAGAUCAUUCAUGUAUAUCAUCUCAUUUGAUUCUCCCAAAGACCGUAACUUUUCAGAUGAAGGGAAGCUUAGUGAGGUUAAGUCUUCAUACAGCUUGAAAGCAGCAGAGUUAUGUCAAAACCCAAAUCUUAUGAUCCCCAAAUCCAGGUUUUUUCAAUAACACAAUGAUGGCAUCUAGUUUUCAGUAAUAACUACCUUAGCAGAAUGACACUUAAUGUUUGCUGCUGAUGAUCCAAAUAGAGGGAAGGAAAAAGCAAAAGCAGUCAAUGGGAUAAGAUGAGCAAAGGCUGUGAGGUACUCACCCGCAAGAAGACAGGAUUUGUGUUUGAAAAUGACCAUCAAUUCCCAACACUCUUACAUUUACCAUCCCAACCCCUAGAAAAUGUUCCUGUCUCUUAAAAGGGAUUAAGAAUGUGAGAACCAUGUAACUCAAAACCAAUGACACCCAAAAAGAGAAGAUCUGGAUCUAAAACUCUCAAUAUGAUCAUGUAUUCAUUUUUAAGCACCUACCAUGUGUUAGGCACAGGGAAGUCUGCAAGCUGUUUUCAAUUAAAAUAAAAAAUCCUAUUUACUACAUUAAAGACUCCCAUGUUUAACAUUUGUCACCAAAUUAGACCAGGGCCCUACAAUGAGAGAACUGGAAGGGGCCUUAGGGUACAUUAAGAUUAAAUACUUCAUUUCAGAGAUGAGAAAACAGACAUAGCGAGAACAAGAACAUUUCAAGGUCACAUUGCUAAGUAGAGGCAGAAGCAGUACUAGGACCCAGAUCUCCAUGCAAUGGUUUCUUCCAAGAUGCUAUGCAUAGGACAAGAGGAGCCAACCAAGGAGCAGAGUUUUCCAUUUUUUUCUCUCUCUAAGACCUUGUUGCUAGGACCGCAGUUUAAAAAAAAAAGAAAACAGAAAGAGAGAUGGGCGGAGAGAGUAAGAAGCAAGCAUAAGCAAGGAGCAAACUCAUAAUUCCAAGCACUUGGAGGCAGAAAGAGAGGGAAAAUGAGGGAGAGGACGGUGGAGAGGGGGAAAAAAAAGAUAAAUCUUAAAGCCUGUCAGCCCAGUAGAAGAAGUCAAUACUCAAACUUAAGUUCAGUGUCCGGGUAUCGUGAUAAAACGCCCAGAAACCUCAGUAAAUAGAAGGCCAAGGAGCAGUGUGGAAUCUGUACAGACAAGCAAGGGAAGUGGUCGUAGUGGGAAGUAGGGGCUGUUAACUUCGAGUAGCUGCUUUCAUUCCUUUGGGCUUGUUUUCCCCGUAGGUGAAAUGGGCCCCAUCAACCGUAACCCCUAGCACCAAGGAAAAUCGACAGCCGCGUUGAAAUGUAGGAAUCAUCAAGUUAUCCUAAGCUGUGGUGGCCGGCACGAAGGAACAGGUGAAGAAACAGAUGAAGAAACAAAAAAAAAAGGAAGUCAAAGGACUUUUCCCAAGAUUAAAGAUCAAGGAAAUGGCCUCCUCAGGAAUCUACAAGCUGGAUGAUGGGAAGCCUUACCUGAACAACUGCUUUCCAGCCAAAAAUCUGCUUCGGAUGCCGGAGCAAGGCCGAGGACACUGGUUAGUGGCUCGGAAAGGUAACCUCAAGAAGAAGCCCAAGGGUGUGGUUGAGGUACCGGCUGAAGGUCAAGAAAGCCAGAAGAAGAUUUCUUUUGAGGUCAAAGAGAAGAAAGGGUCUCGAUUGGAAAACCAAGUGGAUAUUCCUGUACACGUGCUGGACCGGGCUUUUCUGCUGAAGCACCACCAUGUGAGGAAGCCAUCAGACCUGUGCAACAUUAACGUGAGUGGUCUGAAGUUGUCCAAGGCUAAGGAAAAGGACUUCAAGCAUUUUCAUUCCGUGAUUUACAUCAAUGCCUCAGAAAACCUACUGCCUCUAGAGGCAUUUCACACGUUUCCAGCCUUAAAGGAACUGGAACUCGCAUUUAAUGGCAUCAAAACAGUCUACGUGGAAUAUGGAGACUUUAAGUUCUUGGAAUUUCUGGACCUUUCCUUCAACCGCCUGACUGGGGAGGCCAUCCGUGAUCUGGGGAUUCUGCCACACCUCCGAGUCCUGCUUCUCACAGGCAAUGGGCUCACCUCCCUGCCACCGAAUUUGGCUGUCGCAGAGCAGGAGGCAUCUGCAACAUCGCUGACAAGCAAGAGGUACAUCCUGAGGUUCCCAGCACUGGAGACACUGAUGCUGGAUGACAACAAACUUUCCAACCCCAAUUGCUUUGCCAGCCUGGCCGGGCUCAGGAGACUGAAGAAGUUAAGCCUGGACCAAAACAAGAUUUUCCGGAUCCCAUACCUGCAGCAAGUUCAGCUCAGAGACGGGUCGGGGGAUUGGGUUGGAGGCAGGGAGAGUCCUCGCAAAGGGUCCCAAUCCAUGCUGCAGCCUAAGUCGUGGAUGUUUGAAAACUCAAAUGAGCAACCGGAUUAUACCGUACUGCCCAUGAAAAAGGAUGUGGACCGGACAGAAGUUGUGUUCUCAUCUUACCCUGGAUUUUCAACAUCAGAGACAACCAAGGUAUGUGCACUUCCUCCCACAUUCGAGAUUCUUCCUGUGAAGUCACUGAAGGCCAGGAACCAGACACUGGCCCCACCCUUCCCAGAGCUGAGGUACCUUAGCCUGGCCUACAACAAGAUUGCGAAGGAAGACGCCCUCCUGCCGGUAGCUCUCUUCCCAUCUCUCUGUGAGCUCGUCUUUCAUAACAACCCCCUGGUGGCCCACACACGAGGGGUCCCUCCACUGCUCAAAAGCUUCCUCCAGGAGCGGCUAGGGAUCCACUUAAUUCGAAAGAAGACAGCGAAGGCUAAACAUCAUAUUUUGAUGCCUAGGAAGGACUCACGGAAGGUGAAAACCCAAAUCUUAAAGUUGCCAAAGCAGCCUCUGAUUCUCCAUCGCCUACCUGGAACCACAACCCAGUCUCCCUCAAAGGAGACACUAGGGUCAGAGCUGACUGAAGUGCGGCCUACUGCCAAAAGCACUUCUCAGGAGUCAGUGAUACCCGUGGAGGGCGUGCACGGCCCUUCCCUGCCCCACCGGACCUUUGUGCCACUUCCGCCCAUCUGCUCCGACUCCACUGUGCUUAGUGAAGAGACAACGUCCCGCCGAAGUGACACCGCUGGCCACCUCAGCCCGGAACACCUGUCAGAUGAGGACAUCAAGAGCACAGAAUCCAUCUUCUUGACCCAGGUGAGUGGGCUGCCUUCCUCCAUUCUCCAGAGGGAUGCUUCAGAGGUGGAGAAAAAACAAAGAUCACCCCUACCCCCAGCGCCCAGAGAGGUGAAGAGGACUCGGAGGAAGUUUCCAUCUGUUUCACUCCCCAGCAAGUACCAUGGCUACGAGGAGCUGCUGACAGCCAAGCCUGAUCCAACCUUCACUGAGCCGAAGGGAAUCCAGAAGAAUGCACAGGCCCUGCAGCACAUGCUGAAGCACCCGCGCCUUUACCACUCCUCCAAGCCCAAGAUGAACACUCUUCAGAAACACUAUGUUCCCAAAGAGAAACGGGCCCAGAGGAUGCCUGUUCCGCCUCCACGGAAGACUCGAGCCCAGCUUCUGGAUGACAUCCUCAUUCGCAUGCGGGACUCCCAGAACAUUACAGAGGCUCCGCUAGGAGCUGUCCUGAGUCAGCGGACAGAGCGGCGGCUGGUGAACCAGAAGCAGUACCUGGAGGCCAAGAGGCUGCUCAAGGAGUUUCGGGCGCGUUACCAGCAGCUGGUGCGCAGCUCGAUGCGGACAGUGUUCGGGGCCACAGCACCGCCUCUGGCCCGCCCAGCCCUGAGCGAGGCCCCACCUAAGUUCGGCCGUUUCCUCCAGUUCAUGGAUGAGUUCUGCCAGGAGCCCACAGCCAGUGACUCGAAAGGCUAGAGCUGUGUACAGGGCCACGUGCGUUGCGGGGCCUGCGCCCUGCGCCCUCCCCGAGGGCUCCGCACUCUCGACCAUGCCUCUGCCGCGGGCUGGUUGGGCUGGGUGUGGGCCUCAGAGCUCAGCUCAGCCUUGCUGGCUGGCCCCAGAGUGGGGAGCUUGUCAGGACCUCCCCUCCCCAGGCCCGGCAGGAUCCAGCGCCUGGCCCAGCUGCAAUAAAGAGUGGGUGCAGAGAGCAGGGUAGCCUAUGUUCUUUCUUGGAGCCUGGGCCAGGCUGUCACACUGGGAAAGAUCUCCGAGGUGAUGCGCAUCCUAGAGUCCUAUGGGAAACCUGCUUGAGUCACACAGUUGAGCGCUAGGAUAGAAAAGUUGAUGAAGCAGAGAAGCACCACAGGACCUAAGUAAGGCUCAGAGACAUUAACUCACCCACAGCCAAUAAAGCGUGUGUGUGUGUUGGAAGGGGGUGGAAAAAUAGACCAUCAAGCCCCGAAACGCUGCUUUUUCUGUUGGGCAGCUUUUUCCAUUGUGAGGGCAGAUGUGGGGAGGAGGAAGAGAGGACUGGGAAUUCCUUUAUCAGACAGCUAUGGCCACAAAGUUGGGACGAGCUGAGGAAAGGGCUUACAUGGAGUUUCCCAGGGUCCUCUAACCUAGGACAUGGACUGAAGUCCCAUAUGCAAACACAGUGGGCUGUGUGCCUCUGAAACAGACCCUGGGGCUGUGCAAGGUCAACCUGGGCUCACAGUACAUAAACUAGCUAUGGCCCAGGCAGCCUGCAGGGUUGCCCCCCUCUUGCGAGUGCCUACUAGUCAGCACCUGCUACAGAGGAGGAUCUGGAGGCCACUGGGGCUGAAUUCCAGAGAUGCGCAGAGGGGAUGGAUGCUGGGUAUGACCUAGUUACCUGGGCAACCCUUGUUCCUAAGGCUACUUUUCUGGAGGUGCCCACAGUUCAGAUCUGGAUAGCAGUUCCCAGAGUCUCCAGGAAGCAGUGCCACAAGGAUUAAGGAUCCUCAGCAAGACAUAAACUCCGACAACCUAAGUUGUAAUAAAGACGAUUAUAGAAAUUUAGUCUUAUAGCCACAGACCUAACAGGAGAAGCAUGGAGUAUAUGCUGUAUUUCAAGUGUGGGACUCUAUUAGACACAGAAUAUUUGCAUACGAUCAUACUCAACCACAUAGCCUCACACAUGUGGCCAGUUAAAUAUUUACCAUACUAGGCACAUUUGCAUUCAUACAGUCACAUAUAUAUCAAAUUACAAAGUCAGUCAUAUCUCACUCAUUCACACAGGCACCUGGACAGAUACGGGUAAUAAUAUUACCCACAGCACCACUCCUGUACACGGGCAUGUUGCUGACUCACCACCUUGGAUCUCCUGGGGCCAAAGACCCUUCCCCUGAUGUCAGGGAGGAGAAUCCACCCCAACAUUCACACUGUAAACCUCGCUAGGUUCCAGUUCUAAAGAAGUAGACUGCUUCCUUCAGCUAGAAACACUAACAAACCAUAGGCUCUCAGGCCUGAAAGGCUCCUGGAAACAUCUCCCAACCUCGAGGGAGGAAGCCUCUUGCAAACUCCACAAUAGAUCAUUUAACUCCUGCUUGCACAUCUAGUGUCAGGGAGCUCAUUCCUUCCAAAAGCUGUCCCCUACUUUGUUGAGAAAGCUAUAGAACAGUUCUAGUCAUUGGGCUAUCUAAGCCCUUUGUUUGUCCUAGCUCUGCUUUUUGGCCAAGAGUAUCUGCUUUCUCUGCCCAGCCAGGCCAACUGUUCACCGAUGUGAAAACAUCCUGAAGAGGCUACACUUAUCCAGGCCAGACACUCUUAACUUUCUCAGUUAUUCCACAUAGGAUACCAUCUGACUAAAUUGGUUGCCUUUCCUGGACUUGCCAAGUUUGGGGUUUUUCUCUCUACUCAUGAUAGCUAAGAUGCAGUACUCCAGCUGUGUCCAACAUAGCACAAAGCACCAUUGCCCCCUCCCUUCUCUGAAUAGGACAUUUUUAUAGAGCCAAACAUUUUAUUCGUCCUUUGCUCAUGCUUAAAACCAAUGGCAUUAUCCCUUUGGCUUUUAUUAAGCCUUUAUCAGCAGAUUACUAAUACCAGAACUGCUUUCCCUUUUUUAUACUUGAAGUUGAUCUUUGAUAUCCAAUGCAGGAUUUUCUACAUUUCAUCAUCUUAGCCUCCAGGCUGCCAAGAUCAUUUGCAUUCCUGAUAAUGAGCUUUCUCAUCUUAAGGAGAUUAUACACAGCUAUGGCUAAGGCGACUAGGAGCCAGUGCUGAGCAUACUCCCACAGGCACUACCUUGGCAUUCCUUUAAAACCACCACAUUCCUAUCAAGAAAAAAACAGCAUUCCAACCUGCCUGACGUUUUAAGGCAGGAUAUCAGACUGUCUACUCCCUCACCCUCCCAUACAGGUGAAUUGCUGCAUUUCUGGAAGCCAUACAAUCAUUUACCAGUUAUGUCCAAUUCUUUUGUAUCUCAGGAGUAAUCCAGACUGCGUCACAUUACUAGGGUUCAUUUUUUAACCCUCCCUCUCUUAUUUGCUGUAUAAUAUAGGUAGAGCAGCUCAUUUAACUUUACCCAUAGCAUCAAUGGGGUUUUCAAUCUCUACGGGUCCUUUUGGUGUUAAAAACACAUUUUGAGGCCUCAGUUGCUUGGUUUCCUGAGUUUUGUGCUUUUGAAGAGACAUGACCUAAUCCGCAUCUCAACAAAGCCUCAA